AUGUCGCUCACAAACUCUCAUGCUCUGCACAACACCCAUUUAUGCGACUGGCUGGUAGACAUCUCGACACCAUCGUCCAGAGAGCAGCUGUGUCACCACAACCUUUCCCAGCUGUAUAGACGUUUGGCGGCCGAAGCCGGCGGGGGCCAGGCUGAGCAGGGGCUUGAAAUUUCUUCUCCUUACCGCGCUUAA